UGCACUUUUCUCUUGAAAACUCUAACUAACAUGACCAAACCCCGUUGUGCCCUUUUUUUUCUUCCCCCCUAAAACCUCACUUUUUUUUUUUCUCCCUAAAAUCUCAGUGGGUUAAAGUUUCAUCACGAGAAAUGCCAUGCUUUCUUCAACCACAUAACCCCGUUUCUUCAAUCCAACUGGGCAUUCUCUCCAUCGCAAAAAGACAUGGUCUUUGGUAAAAUCGCUGCACUAUUAUCCACUAGAUUAUUGCCCACCCCGCAAUCCUCACCCGACCCACUUGCUUUCGGAUUCCUCAACAACAACAACAACAACAACCUGCGAAUCUCUUCCUCUCUUCAGGAUCUCUCCUCGUACCGCCACCUUGAUCUCGAACGCGCCGAUGCUGAACAUGUUUCAACCCAUUUGAAGCAACCCCUUCACAAGGUUCAAGGGGGAACAACCAAGAGGUUCAUCAGGCUUGCACUGUGCCUUACAUUGUUUCUUUUCCUAGUAUACUUGGUUUUGAUGCUUGCUUAUUCUUAUUGGAAUCAAGGGUAUGGGAAAUAUUAUGUUGUGCUUGAUUGUGGGAGUACUGGGACUCGGGUUUAUGUGUAUCAUGCUUCCAUUCAACACAAGAGGUAUAAUAGUCUCCCUAUAGCUAUUAAGUCAUUGAGGGAUGGUUUGCACAAGAAACCUAGUGGGCGUGCAUAUGACAGAAUGGAAACUGAACCUGGCAUUGAUAAGUUGGUGUAUAAUGUGUCUGGGUUGAAGGGUGCAUUGAAACCAUUGCUCAUAUGGGCAAAGAAGCAAAUACCAGUGCAUGCUCAUAAGAGUACUUCUCUGUUCCUUUAUGCUACUGCUGGUGUAAGGAGGCUUCCUGGGAAUGACUCUAAAUGGCUGCUUGAUAAUGCCUGGUCUGUGCUGAAGGAAUCUCCUUUUAUGUGUAGGAAGGAUUGGGUUAAGAUUAUCUCUGGCACUGAGGAAGCUUACUUUGGAUGGAUAUCCCUUAAUUAUCAUAGUGGCAUCUUGGGUGUUAGACCUAGGAAGGCAACUUAUGGUGCGCUUGAUUUGGGUGGUUCGUCAUUGCAGGUUACGUUCGAGAGUGAUCAACAAUUGAAUAGUGAGACUAGCUUGUAUGUUAGGAUUGGAUCAGUGAACCAUCAUCUCACUGCAUACUCUCUCUCGGGCUAUGGUCUCAAUGAGGCAUUUGGUAAGUCUGUGGUGCAUCUCUUUAAGAAAGAGUUUGGAUCCACGAAUGCAGAUAUGGCUAAUAAAAAAAUAGAGCUCAAACAUCCUUGCUUGCAGUCUGGGUACAGGGAACAGUACAUGUGUUCUCAUUGUCCUUCCAAUAACAAAGGUGGAUCAGGAACACCGGUAGUGCUUAUUGGUGCUCCAAAUUGGCAACAAUGCAGUGCACUUGCAAAAGCUGCUGUAAAUUUGUCUGACUGGUCCAAUCUCAGUGCAGGACUUGACUGUGAAGUAAAACCUUGCGCUUUGCGUGAUAAUCUCCCUCGCCCGUAUGGCCACUUUUAUGUGAUUUCUGGAUUUUAUGUGGUGUAUCGGUUUUUCAACUUGAGUUCUGAAGCUACGCUUGAUGAUGUAUUGGAAAAGGGUAAGGAUUUCUGUGAAAAAAGAUGGGAUGUUGCAAAGAAAAGUGUUGCUCCUCAACCCUUUAUUGAGCAGUAUUGCUUUAGGGCACCAUACAUUGCCUUACUGCUGAGAGAGGGUUUGCACAUUAAGGAUAACCAAAUAACUGUUGGCUCUGGAAGUAUCACUUGGACACUUGGGGUUGCCUUGUUGGAAGCUGGGAAAGCAUAUUCCACUAGAUUUGGGCUUCGUGACUUGGAAUUGCUCCAGAUGCAGAUAAAUCCUCUUAUUCUUCUGCCCAUUUUGUUGCUUUCUUUUAUUCUACUUCUUUGUGCUUUAUCAUGUGCUGGCAAUUGGGUGCCAAGGUUUUUCCGGAGGCAAUAUCUUCCCAUUUUCAGGCAUAACAGUGUUUCCAAUGCUUCUGUUCUUAAUAUCCCAUCUCCUUUUCGGUUCCAGCGAUGGAGUCCAAUGAACUCUGGGGAUGGAAGAAUAAAGAUGCCACUCAGCCCAAGAAUUGCAGGUCCACAAGAAAGCCCAUUUGGCCUGGGGCAUGGUCUUGGUGAUAACAGUGGUGGCAUCCAGCUUAUGGAGUCUUCCUUGUAUCCAUCAGCUAGUAGCGUCUCACAUAGUUAUUCCUCAAAUAAUUUAGGGCAGAUGCAGUCUGACAGCAGUAGUAUGCCUGCCUUCUGGUCCCCCCACAGAAGUCAGAUGCGCCUACAGAGUAGGAGGUCACAAUCUCGAGAAGACCUGAAUUCCUCCGUGGCUGAAGCACACUUGGUGAAGGUUUAGGGCACAUCAUCUUCUGGAAACAUUGGUAUGAUUACGUUAAUAUAUCUCUUUUUAAUCGACCAAUAUUUCCUUCUGAGUUUUGCUUUACCAAGUUUUACAUGGGAAUUCUUUUGUAACAUCGAAUCGCCUAUUGGUAAGUAAUAGUCAAGCUAAUGCAUAUUCUUUUUGUUGAAUGUUCCUUUUGUAUUUUAUUAAGUAAUUACAAAUUCCUUACAUAUUAAGAUUUCCACACUUUUCUCCUAAGUUUGUAAAUUUUGGACUAAAACUUGUACAUGAGCAAUAACUGUCAAAAUUGUACAUCAGUUGUAGACCAAUAAAAUUGGACUGGCCAAGUUGAAAAUUUUCUGGGCAAUUGAUCCUCGACAUCUUGUCAUUGUACUGGCAUCAGUAAAGAUGUUCCUAGUUCGUAAAGGAUAUCUCUGAGUCCAUCUAUAUGUAAUGUUUCUCUCAAUCUUCACUGCAACUUGUAAGAAUUUAUCUGUCCUAGCAUUUCAGAGGUUUUUGUCAUGGAGAUGACUGGAGCUAAAGAUGCAACCAGAUCAAUUGAUUCCAAAUGAAUUUGCUUGUCCUGGAUUUCACUUCCGAACUGGAUUCCUCUACAAGUUGCAACGCACAAAAAAGCUCUCUUAUUCUAGGAAUCUGCAUCAUCAAGAGCACUCUCCCCAAUGGCUACUUGAUGUCUCCAUGUUCUGCCUCAGUGGUGUAGUUUUUCUGGUGCCACUUAGGCUUCGGAAGUCAAUUCAAGCAUCAAAGA